AUGGGAAAGAAUUCUGUUCCCAGUAUAUACGGAAUGAGAGCGUUCGUCGAGAGCGGGAAGCCGAACAAAGAAGAGUUCACCAAAAGCAGGAACUUUAUGAACCAGAAAGAGUUCGCCGCGAGCUGGAGCUCGACAAACAACGGAUACGCCAACAGCUACUGGAACACAAGAAGAAUCGUUACCGUGAUUGCCGGGAGUUCCUUCGAGCCUACAGAAGAAAGCUCUGAGCUCUAG